AUGCUCCUUCGUUUACCAAAUGAACUACUGCAGUACAUCGCAGAGGAUCUGGAACUCGCGCGCCACAUAAAUGCUUUUGCUCGAACAAAUACCUACCUUUACAAUCUCAUAAAUCCCUAUCUUUAUCGUUAUGAUAUACAACAACUUGGAAGUUCGGCAUUAUCGUGGGCUGCAAAACAUGGGCAAGAAGCAACAGCUCAAAGAUCGCUAGAUCUAGGAGCUCAUGCCCAAUCUCUAUCUAAAUCUAAUGAAUCGCCGCUGUUACUAGCGGCACGAAAUGGGCAUGAGGCGUUAGUCAAGCUACUACUCGCAACAGAGGGCACCAAUCCUGACUCCCAAGACCCUAACGGACGAACACCCCUAUCAUGGGCGGCUGAAUAUGGCAACGAGGCAGUAAUCAGGCUACUGCUUGGCACGGAAAGAGUCAACCCACAUUCCCACGACUUUAACGGAAGGACGCCACUAUCGUGGGCGGCAAUGAAUGGACAUGAAAAAGUGGUCAAGCUACUGCUCACCAUGGAGGGCAUGAACCCAGAUUCCCAGGAUUUUGGCGGACAGACGCCCCUAUUGUGGGCGGCAAUGAGUGGACAUAACGGGGUAGCCAAGCUACUGCUCAGUUCGAAUGGUGUCAACCCUGAUUCCAAGAAUUCCAAUGGAGAGUCAUCACUAUCGUGGGCGGCACGUAACGGGGAUAAAGCAAUGGUCAAGUUGCUUCUCACCACGGAAGGCGUGAACCCUAACUCCCAGGAUUCUGACGGAUGGACACCACUAUUGUAUGCGGCCGUAGGAGGGCACGAGGCAGUAGUCAAGCUGCUGCUCGCCACAGAAGUCGUCAAUCCAGACUUACAGGCUUAUAACGGACGGACGCCGCUAUCGUGGGCGGCAGAAGAAGGGCACGAGACAGUAGUCAAGCUGCUGCUCGCCACAGAAAACGUCAACCCUAACUCCCAGGAUUCUAGCGGACAAACGCCACUAUGGUGGGCGGCAGCAUUCGGGCACGAGACUAUAGUCAAGCUACUACAAUGA